UUUCAGUUAAUACGUAUAUAAGGUUAGUUGAGAUUAUCGUAUUUACAGUCUGUUGAGGUUAUAUAAACGAACGUUGACGUUAAUUGGUGUCGGUUUAAAAGUUAAUUGAAAGAAGUUUUAAUUUGUUCCCGGAAACUGACAACUUUCUACAACGUUUAAUAUUGGCUUCCUAUUUCUUUCUUACGAACGAUAAAAACUAUGGAAACUACGUCACACAACCUUAUGUCCAACAUUCAUUUUAACAAUGUUGAAAGAAAUAUACAAGCUGAAGUAAACAAUGAAGAAAUACUACCCACUACUAAAAUCUCUAAUUCUUCCGAUACAUCGGAAAAUAGCAUAGAGCUUGCAGCUUCGACAAAAGAAUAUUCAACAAAUGACUUGUCUAGAGGUUUCAAUGAUGUUGAUAAUAUUGCAACUUUCAAGAAACCGACUGUAUUAAUUGGUCCAAACCGUUCUUGUCCGAUACAUAAAAGUUCCAAAAGCUCAGAGCGUGAUAUAAAAUCUCAAAAACAUUCGCAAGACCAACCUUUCCCGUAUGUAGAACCAUCUUGGGGAGGAAAGCCGGAAGGGAAUUAUAUGAUGGAAGUACUCAAGUCUGGAAUGAUCAUCGAGACAAUUUCACUCAACGAACAGAAUUUCUAUCUUGUUGGGCGUUUACCUUUGUGCCAUUUAUCUCUUGUUCAUCCUACUAUUUCAAGAUAUCAUGCAGUUUUACAAUACAGAUCUGAACAAGACAAAGAAAACGAUAAAGGUUUCUAUGUAUAUGAUCUAGGAAGUACUCAUGGUACUUAUUGGAAUGGAAACCGCAUAAAACCUAAUGUUUAUGUAAGGAUACACGGAGGUCAUAUGCUCAGAUUUGGUUGCAGCCAGAGAAAGUACAUUUUACAAGCUCCGCCGGGAGACCAAGAAGAAGAAUCUCCAUAUAGCUUAACAGAGUUAAAGGGAAUGAGAGCGUCCCAGUUGGAAAAACAAUGCAUGGAAGACAAAGGUAAAGCAUCCAUCGAAGAAAAGGAAAGUGAAGGCAUUGAUUGGGGAAUGGGAGAAGAUGCAGACGAAGAAACAGAUCUUCAAGAAAAUCCCUAUGCUUCUAUUACGGAUGACGAUUUAGUUUUAGAAGAUCCCAAGAAAACUCUUAGAGGAUGGUUUGAAAGAGAAGGAUAUGACCUCCGUUAUCAAACAGAAGAAAAGGGAUUUGGACAAUUUUUGUGUUGGGUAGAUCUCCCCACUGAAGAUAUCGUCGGACAUUCGACGAGAGCAGAAGCCCUUGUAAAAGGUAAAAAGAAAGAAGCAGUUGUACAAUGCGCGUUGGAAGCUUGCAAAAUUUUAGAUAAAUAUGGAUUAUUAAGGCAAGCAAAUCACGAAGCAAGAAAAAGGAAAACAAGGAAUUGGGAAGCAGAAGAUUAUUAUGACUCGGACGAAGACAAUUUUUUGGAUAGAACGGGCUCUAUAGAAAGGAAGCGUGAACAGAGAAUGAGAUUAGCUGGAAAAUUGGAAGAAAAAGCAGAAACGUAUGAUUCCUUGCUCGAAAAGCAUAAGGAAGUUACAAAACGAAUAUCACAGUUGUCAACUUCGAUUGAAAAUUGGCAGAGUGCGAGUAGUGCGAAGAAUGAUACGGACGAAGAAGAUGCGUUAGACGCUUUUAUGUCAAGUCUAAGUUCGUUUGCUUUAACUAAAAGUGACAUUGCUAAGAUGAAGUUGGAAUUACAAAAUCUUCGAAAAGAAGAGGCAAGUUUGAUUAAACUGUUAAACUUGACACAGCCUGCUAAUUUACCAGCUCUUUCUUACCACGAUACCACGGACCAACCUAUUAGUCAGGCUAAAGCAGUCGCGCAUUUUAUGCAAAACGCACCAGUAGAACGAAAGAAAAUUUAUAACUCCUUACUUUGCGGCAAAAAGGUGAAACAAAUAAAGCAGUAUGUAACUACCAAUACUGAAUUACCUGAAUCAAAUGCAAAUUCCGACACUGCGAUAGAGGCAGCAGCUGUAGAAGAAGUGGAUAGCGACGACGAUGAUGAGUCAAUUUCAAAUCCAUCCCAUAAUUCAUUAUGUAAGGAAAAUUUUAAAUUGCAACUCUCUAAUACCACUAUUAAAAACGAAUCUUCCGAGAGACACGAGGAGCAGCAAAAGCAUAACAUACAAAUGACGAAAAAACAUCGACAGGAACAAAGAAAAAUGUACUGCGAUCAAGACAUACAUGCAGAUAAUUAUUCCAUGUGGAUUCCGCCAUCGGAUCAAGCAGGUGAUGGAAAGACAAGUCUUAACGAGAAAUAUGGUUAUUAAGGAAAAUUGUUGUUCCAACAAUAUUUAUAUGUAAUUAUAUGUAUUAAUUGUCUAAUAUAUGUGUUGUAAAAUUCUUGAA